AAUCAGAAAUAAUAUUCCAAAAACGACAACAGUCAACAAAAUAAAAUUCUGCCUCAUGCCCUACAGCAAACGCGAACGGUUGAUCGCGAGGUUGCUCGAGGGUUCGCGGAAUAAAGCACUCUCACCCCAACACGUUGCGGUGUCGAGUCUCCGCCUGAGGCUGGCAGCACCGCGGCAGCUGCGUCCCAGCAGAGGAUGGACUAAGGCUAAACGUCGCGUAUCGGAUUACCAACCGUGCCGCGGACGGAAUCGCAUUUUAUAGGCAAAAGAGAUACUAAAGGACAACAUGGAGUUGGACGUAGACAGUAUCAUUGCACGCCUUCUUGAAGUACAAGGAAACAGACCUUUACGCACAGUACAACUCAGUGAAGACGAAAUAAAAGGCUUGUGUAUGAAAAGCCGAGAAAUAUUCCUUUCAGAGUCAGUGCUCCUUGAACUUGAAGCACCCAUUAAAAUAUGCGGAGAUAUACAUGGACAGUACUACGACCUGCUGCGACUGUUCGAGUACGGCGGGUUCCCACCGGCGUCAAACUAUCUGUUUCUCGGUGACUAUGUUGAUCGUGGAAAACAAUCACUGGAAACCAUAUGCUUGCUCUUAUCGUACAAAAUCAAGUAUCCAGAAAACUUUUUCUUACUACGCGGUAACCACGAAUGCGCGUCUAUAAACAGGAUCUACGGAUUCUAUGAUGAAUGUAAACGACGCUACAGCGUCAAACUCUGGAAAGUAUUCACAGACUGCUUCAACUGCCUGCCAGUAGCAGCCAUAAUAGAUGAUAAAAUAUUCUGUAUGCACGGAGGCUUAUCACCAGAACUUAAUUCCAUGGAUCAAAUACGCCAAAUUGCAAGGCCAACGGAUGUCCCUGAUAGUGGAUUACUAUGCGAUCUACUAUGGAGUGACCCUGACCCAAAUACAUCAGGUUGGGGCGAAAAUGACAGGGGAGUGUCUUUCACAUUCGGCUCAGAUAUCGUGGUCAACUUCCUAAUAAAACACGAACUAGAUCUUAUAUGCCGUGCACAUCAGGUGGUGGAAGACGGCUAUGAGUUUUUCUCCAAACGCAGACUGGUGACACUGUUUAGCGCACCGAACUACUGCGGCGAAUUCGACAACGCAGGAGCAAUGAUGAGCGUAGAUAAAACACUCAUGUGCUCCUUCCAAAUACUCAAACCCGUCGACCGCAAGCGACUGAAGUAAUCUAAACUUUAAUUG